AUGGCAAGCAAGUCUGGCGCAAAAUCCGGCAAUGCCGGUGAAACCUCGAAGGAGACGAAGUUCCUCCAGACGCGCAGUCAGAAGGCAGGGUUGCAGUUCCCCGUCGGUCGUAUACACCGUUACCUCAAAAUCCGGACGCAGCACAACAUGCGCGUCGGCGCCAAGGCGGCCGUGUACACGUCCGCCGUGCUCGAAUAUCUCACCGCAGAAGUGCUCGAACUCGCAGGCAACGCGUCCAAGGAUCUGCGCGUCAAGCGUAUCACCCCGCGCCAUCUGCAGCUCGCUAUCCGCGGCGAUGAAGAGCUCGAUAUCCUUGUCCGAGCGACGAUCGCGGGCGGAGGCGUACUGCCCUUCAUCCACAAGAGCCUCACGCAGAGCAAGCAACCGAAGAAGAGCGCGGAGCAGCAGCAAUGA